AUGAAUAUAUCUGUUGGGACGCGAUGCUUAGGUGGAUCAAGGCGAUUUUCUUCUGCUUCUAUGGUGGGGGGCCGGAGCGCUGCUCCUACAUGCCAGCCGUUUGGAAGACCAUGUGGGGCUGGUGGUUUUUCUAGCAUGAGCCUGAAUUACUCUGGUGGUGGAAGCCAAAAAGUAGCUUACAGUCAUGGCUUUGGAGGACAGGUCUACAGGGGUGUUGGUGGGCAAGGCAUAGGAAUGGGCGGCCAAGCCAUGGGGAUGGCUGGGCAAGCGAUGGGGAUGGGAGCUUAUGGUUACGGUGGAGGGUUUGGUGGAGGCUACGGGGGGGCUGAGUGCCCAGGUGGGUUUGGAGCGUAUGGUAGAAUGGGCAGCGUGAGUGGCAACAGAAGCGAAGGGAUCCGGGGGGUGUCUAUUGACGAGCGCCUCUUGAAGCCACUUUCUCUUGGAGUUGACCCCGAGGAGCAGAGAGCCCGGACGCACGAGAAAGAAGAGAUGAAAACCUUGAACAACCAGUUUGCUUGCUUCAUCGAUAAGGUUCGAUCCCUGGAGCAGCAGAACAAGGUUCUGGCUACUAAGUGGGAACUCUUGAAUCAGUGUGUUCAGCCUACCAGGAAGAACCUUGAAGGCUACUAUGAGAAUUUCACUGCCUCGCUUAAGAAACAACUGGAAUGUCUCCUAAGCGAGAGAGAAAAACUGGAACAUGAACAGAAGAACAUGCAGGAACUAGUUGAGGAAUACAGGUCUAGAUAUGAGGAAGAGGUUAAUAGGCGCACAACAGCAGAGAAUGAAUUUGUGGUGCUCAAAAAGGAUGUUGAUUGUGUCUUCCUCACUAAAGAAGAGCUGGAAUCUAAAGUCGAUGUUUUAGCACAGGAGCUGGAAGUUCUGAGAUGUAUCUUUGCAGAGGAGUUAACUCAGCUGGACAGCCAAAUCUGUGACACUUCUGUAAUUCUGAAAAUGGACAACACACGUGAUCUGGAUAUGAACCUCAUCCUUAAGAAUGUAGAAGCCUGGUAUCAGAAUAUUGCUCACACCAGCAAACAAGAAGCUGAAGCCUUUUACCACAAUAAGAUUGCAGAGAUUCAGAAUAACCGAGGCAAAUUCAACGAAGAACUGAAAAGCAACCAGCAUGAGAUUUCAGAGCUCAACAGAGUGGUCCAGAGGCUGCAAACGGAUACUGAUAAUGCAAAGAAGCAGGUUGCCAGUCUGCAGUCAGCUAUUUGUGACUCUGAGCAACGUGGUGACAUUGCCCUAAAAGAUGCCCGGAAUAAGCAUGUUGAGCUGCAGACAGCCUACCAGCAGUCUAAAGAUAAACUGGCCUGCCUGCUCCGUGAUUACCAGGAGCUGCUAAACACCAAGCUGGCUCUAGAUAUUGAAAUUGCUACCUAUAAGGCAUUGCUGGAAGGAGAGGAGAGCAGGUGA